UUCCCAACUGCUACAAGCGGCAAAUCCGCGCGCGGAACUCCGUGUCACGCGUUAAGUGAUAACACACAACUGCAUAUCGCGACAACGUUGCAGCACCUAGAACACGUACACUACUGACGGAUUUAUAGUCCACAACCCAUUACGUGUUUAUCACUCCAGUCUCACUCUACCUGCAGUCCAACUGGCAAGUUAUAACCGUUCUCUAUUGCCGAAACUCUCCAAUUAUUUGACAGGCCUUUUCAUUACCUAAUGGAAAUAAUUCAGCCGUUUAUUCACAAAGAAAAGAAGAACAGUGUCACACCGGACGUUUAAUAUUUUUCAGUACACACCACUUUCUGUUUAAACAUAUUCAAUUUGUGAACUUCUCACGAAAGAACCUUGAUUUUGGAUUUGACUUUGUAGUGAUUUACUUUCUCUUCUAGUGUCCUAACAAGUGGCGGAAGAGUGGGGACGUGUUGCAAGGUUUGUUGAACUUUUCUCUCUCUGGGAGACAAGUUGUAGAACAUGGUGUAGGGAGGGAUGCGAGAGAGAAUAAAUUUAAUUGUGAAUUAGCCUUACAAGAACACGGCGACUAUUUGCUGUUCUUGACUAAACUACAGACUUUACUUUCUGCCAUUACUGAGAAACUGUAGAGGAUCGUACAUGGCUUUAACAAAUGAAUAGGCCUACAGACUAUAAUAAUCCUAAUUCAAUAACCAAAGUUACCUUCUUAUAAUGGAAUUGCAAUAUCGACAAUAUCUUCAUAAUCGAUAAUUCUAGAAGUAACUCAAAUGACAUCCUAACAAGAGCUGGAAUUCAAAGUUAUGUUCACACUAAAGCAGAGUUUCUAAUUGAUUAUGUGUGAUGUAUCCUGAGGCCUCAUAUAGGCCUGUGUAAUUGAAGUUUCAAUCGCUUUACAAUUACAUUUUAUAAGAUGGUUUUGGCGUUGAGUGUAUCGCAGUGAACACUGUAUCAAUAUCAAAGGAAUAAUUUCCUGCAUGUAGACACAAGAGAUUCGUUUGAACUUUAUCUUCUUUCCUUACCGCACCCUCUUGCGGUUUUCUGAUCCCAGUUCUACGUUAAUCUGCCCCAAAGUGACAAGUACAGUUACCAAAACUUUCUCUGUCUCUGAAAGGAAAAGCAGAUCGACUAAAUACCUUAGAGUUCAGAACUGACUGAAACAUAAGCAGAAUAGAAGUGUGUAGUGUUCCAUAACGUUCUGUAUAACGAGUCAAUGUCAAGUAACACUUCAGUGACCUAUGUGCGUAUACACUGAAACUGAGAAUUUCAGAUAAUAUUUUAAUUGUACAGUUGACUGUUUUAUAGAAAGUAAGAAGAGUGAAGCUUCUGUUCGGAACACUGAAGUAAGUGCAUGCAUGAAUGUGUAUUUCAAGUGCGUGAAAUAUCAAAUGUCUUCCAGAAAUAUCGGUGAAGUACAAGAAACUCCAUGGGUUGGCGGGCGCCCAACAAUUCUAGUGCGUAGACUGUCACCUGUGUGAGUUGCUACGAUAAUUUAUAAACAAGAUACAUUACUGGUGUGUCAUGUACUGUACCUGGUGUGCCAUGGUGCGUAUACGACGUGGAUUUGUGUGGUGGCCACUUCUCAUCACUCUUGGCUACUGUGCGGGGCUGCAAGACCCGGGCCUCGACCUGGGAUCUGCUGCCCCACCGGAUUCUCAACUUGUUGCCAGCGAUGUGGACCCUGAUUUCAAUGAGCCCAUCAAGAAUAUAACAGUUCCUGUUGGGCGCGAGGCAGUUCUUAGCUGCUUAGUCACAGAACUGGGACAAUACAAGGUGGGCUGGAUGAAGGCGGAGGACCAGACAAUCUUGACGCUUCACAACAAGAUCGUGACGCACAAUUCACGGAUCAGCGUGACACACGACAAUUACCGCACGUGGCAGCUGCACAUCCGUCAAGUGAAGGAGUCCGACCGUGGCUGCUACAUGUGCCAGAUCAACACCAGCGUCAUGAAGAAGCAAGUUGGCUGUGUUGACGUACACGUACCACCCGACAUCACGGAUGAGGAAACCAGCUCUGACAUCACAGUACAGGAAGGUGAGAACGCCACCCUGGUGUGCCGUGCCACUGGGCAUCCUGUUCCGCGCAUCCUCUGGCGGCGUGAGGACGGGGAGCGCUUGGUCCUUAAGAAGGGCCUGCGAGACGUAACGAGAG